AGGUCAAACAAUAAAUAAAAUCGAAUCAAAAGUAACAGAAGUAUGGGACAAAGUAAAACAAACAAAUGGGUUUUAUAGGAAUUUAGGAUUUUGAUUUUUAAGAGACAGAAGAAAACGUUUUCCUCUAGAAGUUCUUCAGUUUUUAUCUGGAUCACAGCCGUCUCUCCGCACGUCACUAUAUAGCCCUUGUGGUAUUUUUGUAGAACACAGACCGCCAGCACCCUUUUUUGAUAUUUUCUGUGCGCCGUAGAAAGUCCCUUUCAGUUUCAACGACGACUCGCUCGAAGGCUUAUCCUUCCUGUGAGCAAACCCUAGAACGCGUUGUCGUACCAACUCUCCCUCUAUCUCUUAUCUGAUCCCUUUUAUUUAAUUUUUUUUUUGCAAUUAUUGAGGCACAGGGCGGGUCUAGGGAGAGAGAGAGGGGGAGGAGCAAAGGUUGGGGAUUUUUGGUUUUGCUCUUGCCGAAUACAUGGGUGGUUUCAAUACUGGGUUUUAAUUUUUCUGGGUCUCUGCUUUGAGAGGUUUUUGUUCUUGUUUAGAUUUGAUUUUGCUUUUUGGAGUGAUUUGGGAAAUGGGUUUUGCAAUAUCGGAUGAAUUCUUAGGUACUUUUGCGCCAAUCGUGGUGUAUUGGGUGUAUUCCGGGAUGUAUGUUCUGUUGGGGGUUUUUGAGAAUUAUAGAUUGCAUACCAGGAAGGAGGAAGAUGAUAAGAAUUUGGUUUCGAAGAGCACUGUAGUCAGGGGCGUUCUUCUUCAGCAGAUGAUUCAAGCUGUCGUCGCAAUCAUCUUGUUCACCGUGACUGGAAAUGAUGAUGGGGCUGCUGUAGGUCUCCAACCUUCCCUCGUUGUUCUGGCACGACAAAUCCUUACUGCAAUGCUGGUUUUAGACACCUGGCAAUAUUUCAUGCAUAGAUACAUGCAUCAUAAUAAGUUCUUAUAUCGACACAUCCAUUCACUGCACCACCGGCUUGUUGUGCCCUAUGCUUUUGGAGCCCUGUACAACCACCCUCUGGAAGGGCUUCUCCUCGACACAAUUGGUGGGGCUCUAUCUUUCCUCCUCUCGGGAAUGUCUCCACGGGCCUCCAUCUUCUUCUUCUCCUUUGCCACGAUCAAAACGGUGGAUGAUCACUGCGGGCUAUGGCUUCCCGGGAAUCUCUUCCACGUGUUCUUUAAAAACAACACGGCUUACCAUGAUGUCCACCAUCAGCUUUAUGGUAGCAAGUACAACUUUUCGCAGCCCUUCUUUGUUUUGUGGGACAGAAUCCUAGGAACCUACAUGCCUUACUCGCUUGAGAAGAGAGCAGGUGGUGGUUUUGAAGUCCGGCCGACUAGAGAUUGCAAGGACGACUGACUACAUGGUGUACAUAUCCACUUGUCACCCAAAAAACAAAAAAAAGUUUCUUCCACUGCUGCUUCCCCUACCUCCCCCUGUACGCCAAAUUGCUAAUAUUAUUUGUAGAUAUGGUUGUUGUACCUUUUGAUUUCUUUUUGUUUAUAUAAAUUUUGAAUAACCCAUGAACUCAGGUGUAUUCAUGGCACUUGUUUUUAGCAGGUAUUGAUUUGUUUUGAGGUUUUGAAAA